GGAUGAAGAUCAUGACGACACAGUAAACUUGUGCAAGACCCUUCAAAACCACAUCAAAGCAAUGAAUAUCUUCUAUGUCACUUGCUUGGUGGUUUUCGUUGCCUCCAUUCGUACCUGUGCUGCCACCACAGGCCAUCCAGCCGACGUUCCCCUCAAAGCACCUCCAGGUACCGGUAUUGGCGUCGAGGAGAUCGAUCAAACGGAAUCGUCCAAAUCGGCAGGGCUUUCUUACAAUUCUACUUCUGAAGAAAGUAGCCUCCUUCUAGAACAGAUAAUCCCUGCCCUUCUGGAGUGGAUCCACGGCAUUGGCGGUUUGGUUCAUCCCGGCAUUGAGGUUCGACCACGCGACACCAAUGACGGUGAGAACAAUGUGGGUAUCUUUGCCACAGAAUUCAUCCCAAAAGGAACCAACUUGGUGACGCUUCCACGACUACCCUUAUUCUCGUCCUUUGACGAAGAAGACUGUUAUAGGCAACAACAAGCGCAGCGGCUCCAUCGUGAGCUAAAACGGCGCAACUCGCAAUAUGGCCCAUACUUGCAAUACUUGCUCCACAUUAAUGCAAAGCCUCAGAAGGAUCGUUUGCCCACGGCUCUCUGGUCUCCAGCCGGACAACUACUGCUGGAGCAGCUCCUUGUCCGAAACAAGACCGAAACAGUUGCCGCGGGGGGCAUGAACAUCGAUCUGCCUCCUAACGACUACUCGCGUGGUUCUCUGAGCGAGCUCUUUCACGACGAAGAUUGCGGUGUCGACGAAAACGAAAUGGAAGAUGCAGAGGUCCAUGCAUUCCUCUUGUAUCACCAAAGCAGUUGGGGCGGUGGUGUGGUUCCCCUCUAUGACAUGCUGCUCCAUCGAAACAACAGGUUGGGCAACACGGCAGUGUAUGAAGAUGCUGGCGACAAUCAAGUUGUCAUACGAAGCACCCGAAACAUUUGGAAAGGUGAAGAGCUCUUUGGGUCUCAUUACAACCACAACCACGAUAACUACGGAACGCCAGACAUCUUUCGAGACCAUGGAUUUGUGGAAGACUUACCUCAAAGAUUCUUCUUUUAUGAAACGGACUUGGCAUUUGAACUGGAUCAUCAAAGCAGCAGUGACGAUGCAAGAAACAAGGCCAACACGACGAAGAAGUCCGGUGAGGGGCUAACAGUCAAGUGGCUCACAAUGAAGCCCUAUGAUGAAGACAUGGAGUUCCUGGCUAGGCAACUACGGAGACUUCAACGGUUUCACACCAACACCAAAACCCAGACUCUAGUAUCGAGUUUGCCUCCCAUCGAGCAACAAUUGUUGAGACAGUACCAUCAAAGUCUCGUCACCGCCAUUCAAGCUGCCAUGGAUGCCAGCAACGACAAUAGUGGGUGCAUCCUAGCAGAUGGCUCAUGCCUGGAAUACGAUGCGCUAGAAGAAACAGCUGACACAUUGGAUUAUCGUGCUCCCACGUGCAAUGCUCAAGAGAUCCUGCAGUUUUCAGACUACAAUGACGUUGACAUCAUUCGGACAUCACACCAGAAUGCCACAUUUUUCAGAAACAAGGACUCUGGUGACACCUGUUUUGAUCUGGAUAGGACUGUGCAGGUGUGUGAUUCGUAUCGCCCACACUAUCACGAAACUGCUGUCCACUACACGGCACGGUACCUGGACAAGAUGGAGCGGGUUUUGUUUGUGGGAGGCGGUGAUUCGAUGUUGCUCCAUGAGAUUCUCAAGUAUGAAACUAUUCAAAAAGUGGUGGGCCUGGAGUUAGAUCAGCAAGUAACCCGCUACUCCUUCAAGCACUUUGGAACUCAGCCUCAUUUCGACAAUCCAAGAGUAGAAUGGUGGUUUGGUGACGCAUCCAAGAGCCUUACUAUGCUUCCACGGAGUUACUUUGGGUCCUUUGAUCUAGUCAUUGUGGAUCUCUCCGAAACAGUCAUGUCCUUUGCAGUCACUAGCGACUUGGACAUGCUAGGGGCGCUGGCCCUCCUGCUGAAUCCAAGGGGGAUCCUCGUCAAGAACGAAGUGUACCUGGAUUGCUUGAGCAGUAUCUUUGGCUACACGAUGCAGGCUGUGGUGUACGACGCUCCUGUAGUUUGCCACCAAGUUAUGGUGUAUGGCAGCUACGAAAAUGACUUUCUUCUUCACAGUGAGCCCAAAAGCGCUGAUGUCGAAACUCUGCUGCUACAACACCGUGAAGACAUGCAAUCGCGGUAUGGGAUCUGGCACGACUACAGAAAGAAUGUUACUCAGCUGCAUCGUUGUGGCGCUCAACCGUCAGCAGUUGAGGACGACAACAAGGAACGAGAAGAAGAGGCAGAGAGGUCCAACAGUCCGGCGGGGGUUAUCAUGGUUGUGGAAGUCGAGGAUGAUGCAGUGGUGGAGUACUCGUCAGCUGCUGACCUGCUAGCAAUCCUGACGGGCUCACUCAUUCGCUCAGGCCUCAAGCCAGUUUCCAGUGUGGUUUCGAACGUCGUGGCAGACAAUGUCGUCAUGUUGGCUAUUGUACUCGAGGAGGGCUAUGUCAUGGUUCGAGCACUGACCUUGCAAGCAUACUGCGCUGUGGACAUUCAUCUGUGGAAUGCCUUUGAAAAACAUGACAACAUCAGAGAGUCAUUGAUUGCAUCCCUGGGUGGAAAUCCGAUGGGAAAGACGUCCUCGGCAUAUCGAAUUGUGGCGGGAGGGAUGUUUGGUAUCAAGACCAGGAGCAAGGAUCAACGAAAUCUUGGUCCUCCUACGCACAACGACAAGUGCGAAUCUGACGAGCCUGAUGUGACAGUGGCGGCUUCAGAGGGAGAUGGGGCAGCAAUGAAAUCCCACGGGGCUUCCGUGCUAGGGAAUCUCACAAGAGCACUGGUGAACAGCAAGGAUGGCACAAUCGUAGUUUUUGGCGGGGCACAGGGUGAAUCGAACUGCGAAAGCCUUCAGAAUCUUGCUGGUCACUAUCAAAACGUUGUUGCCAUCAUGGAAUGCCCAGAUCUACAGCUGUACGACCCUGAGACUGAGUUUGGCGUCGAGAUCAUGAGGAACUGCAGUGAAGGUGUCUUGCAAAAGUUGGUUGAAAUAAUUCGAGUUAAGAACACAACCAUCGAGGCUAUCAUUUUGGACUCGACUGCUCCCUAUCAAAUGGGGCAGGUCGUUGCGAAGGUUUUCUCAGAUCCAACUUCAAGGGAGUUGCUAAUGAAGAACGAUGCGUUCACCAUCUUGAGCCUUGCGAAUAACGAAAAGGGCGCCUGGAGACGAGCGCUUUUGGAUCGCUUCAGGAGAGACAUUAUCGUAAAAGACCCCGUGUUUCGUUCUGACAUCCUUUUCCAAGCGAAUGCAAAACUGCUCCUCAGCGGAUUGCAGUUGGGCGUGACAACAUCUGGGCGUCCAGACUUUAUUGACACACUGAAAGAUGCAGUUGAUAGGAUCGAGGCAACAACGCCUGGUCUUACAGGUGAUAUCCGUACCAUAACAGGAGGAACGUUUCAAUUUCAGGCUAACUAUGAACCCGAGUUCUUCAACCCAAGAGAUUACAAUCAAACUGGCCCUCUGGAGCAAUGGCUGUCUCAAGAACCCAUGGGCUUUCAAACGAUAUUCCAACUGGAGAGAAAGGACUGGACGGAUAUGGUCCAAGUUGGUGACAGAAUCGAAGUCUUCUAUGAAGAUGACGAUUUUUGGGACCCAGGCUAUGUGACACAUAUCCACGAAGCUGGGAGAUUUGAUGUGAAUCUGGACGAUGGCACCUCCGAGACAAGAGUUUCACCCAAGUAUCUGCGACCAGUGAAUGUUGCUACGAUCUCGUCGGACAACGUAGUGGAUGCAUUGAACUUCGCCUUGAAUUGGAUUCUCUACGACAGAGACAAUGGAGAGGAAUCCUAUCAAAUUCAGGAGUUCACUGACUUUCCCGGUGAAGGCUGUGUUGUGGUCGGGUAUUGGCCAGGAGGAAGUGCCACAAUUCUCUGGGAUGGAAGGGAUCACAUUGAUGCAAACUUGUUCACUUUCAAUGAGAACUUGCGACAGGCAAAUGAUUUUAAAGAGAAUCUUCUGGCCAGGAUAUCUGGUUGGAAAUCGGUUCUUCGAGACCAACAACCUAGAGGAGUUGGAAGAAUCAUCAACUUUGAAAGGGACCUUCACACAGGCACCUCAGAUGACGACGAUGAAUUGGAGCUUCCACGCUGGGCACGACUGUAACUGGAUUUCCCUUGACGGCUCAUGGCUCAGCCCAGCACUGCAUUUCUCUUCAUGGCUUGUCUAGCCCCAGCUUUGAUUUCCCACCUGGCUCGCUACCGGUGACCCAGUUUUGGUUUUCCCACAGUGACUCACCUGGCUUGCAACACUGCCAUCCCUACAACACCACGGGUCCCAGUACUAAUCAGGCAGAGAAUUCUAAAGAUGAAGCAAUGAUACGAUUGUGAAUUCUUAUAACGUAAUAGCUAGCUAGUAUUAAAAAUUCACAAUCGUCUUG